CGCGGCCAGGUGAGGGCUACUGUACUGUCACCUGGGUGAAGUAACAGGAUACAGCGCGGCUGUUAGUUUUGACUUUAAUCCGCGUGGAGUCUCCGGUUUUUGUAAUGGCUUUGACGCAGGAAUCCGUGCUGUCCCUUCUGUUAGCGGAGGGGGGCAAAGUGAAGAAAUCCGACUUGGUGGGCAAGUUCAAAGGUUCAAUAGACUGCGACGAUCCCGCAGAGAAAGAACGGAAUAAGGAGCUUUUCAAGACUUCCGUCAACAAGGUCGCCUUCGUGAAAGAAAUCGACGGUGUGCGGUACGUUGUCGUCAAGAAAAUUUAUCAGCAUUUACUGGACGGUGGCCGCACUCCAGAAAACAAUAGAGAGAUCCCGCUGACAGGUGAGCAGCAGCGCCCACCUGUGCAGAGUGAGGCGACUGGAGGCGCCGAUGAUGCAGGAGGGGAGAGACCGGCUGCUUCUGAAUCCGAUCAAGAACAGGCAAGCGGUGAAAGUAGCGAAAACCCGACGGAGCUGCUUUCUCCGAUAGAGCUGGCACUGCAAAGGAGCAAAUACACGGAUGUUAGAGGCAAAAGAACGCUGAAUUAUGAGAAUCAAAGGCAGGACACAAGUGAAUAUACCUGCUCAAGAAAGGGUGCAGUAAAUGAGCCUGCCAUGAGCAAACCAUACGCCUUGCCUCUGAGGAUGCCACCCUGCACCACCAGAGUUGAGAUCCGCAAGCUGAAAGCGGGCCCGGAUGACGCCCCUGAAAGCCCAACGCUGGACACCUUCGGGAGCAAGAGGAGGCCCCCUUCAGUGGAGAGCAGCAUCAGCUCCCCCCAGCUGAGGAGGGCCGUGAAGAGCACCAAGGCGUCAGAGGAGCCCAGAGAGACGAGGGCCCCCUCCUCGGUUCCCCUGGAGCAGUCAGAGCACGACUGGCUCGUCAAGUGCGCCUCUGGCCACUGGGGCCAGGUUUACGGCCUGCUGCUGAGAGACAGCCAGCUGGCCGAGAAGAGGGACUUCAUGUCAGGGUUCACCGCCCUGCACUGGGCAGCCAAAUGUGGGAACAGCGAAAUGCUUGCGAAUAUUAUCAACCUAUCCAAGAUAGGGGGGGUCGACAUUGACAUCAAUGCAAAAACACAUGGCGGCUACACUCCUUUGCACAUCGCCGCCUUGCACGACCAGCAGUACAUAAUGACCACGCUGGUGGGGGAGUACGGGGCCGACCCGAGCAUCAGGGACAACUGUGGCAAGAAGGCCUACCACUAUCUGCACAAAGGCAUUCCUGAGUCAGUGAGAGAGCUGCUGGGCGAACCCAAAGCCCAGCUUCUGGAGAGGACCCUGUACGAGAGAGAAGAGCUGGACCUGUUCCCGGAUCUCCCUAAGGGCCUGCAUUCGAUAAGCCGUCUCUUCCAGCCCCACGUGCCGGGCCACAAGAAGAAGCACAAGCAGAGGGCGGGAUUUUACUCCGUGAGCGACGACCCCAGCGAGGAACGAGAAGACAGCAGCAGCAGCUUCAGAAACAGAAUCAUAUCAGAUGUUUUUAUGUAGAAUUUCCAGGCCCUCUCCAACAAUGACAAAAAUCAGACUCCUUCCUCAUUUUUGUGCUUUAAUUAUAUUUUUAGAUGAUACAAGAGAUGAAAUUCUGAUAGGGUGUGAUCUGCAGAGUGUAGUUUUGUUAGUCUAAGGGGUAAUCAAUCAAAGACUUGUGAUUGAUGAUGGUGUCCUUGUGAAGCUGGCUGACUGAGUCUGAGUUGGACACACAGAGGUUUAGUUUGAGAUCUUACCUGUACCAGCUGUUUCUUAAGGAGUGUUUACAGGAAACUACUCCAGCAGGCCCUGAGUCAUUUUGUUACUCACUGUCUGUGGUCUCUUGAAGGCAUCAUCGUCUCAGCCUGCCCCUCUGAACUUACCGUACACAAAUAAUGUUUAUUUCAAGGCUAAUUUCCAUUUGCCGACUGAUUGUUAUGAGUUCGUGUUUUUCAAAUUCAAGUCGUAUUUAUUUUCCACUGUAGCAUUUCAGCAUGUAGCAUGUAGCGCCAGGAAGGUCGCUGCAAAGUGAGACUGUUAAUUUCAUCUGUCAUCGAGCUCCCACGGACUGUAAAGUCGUUUCAUACAUUCCCAUUUAUUGUGAUUUUAAAUGAGCUGCACUCCAUAAGGACACAGACAAAACUUGAUUUUUAAAUGUCUGUUCUCAUCAAAAAUGUCCUGUUUGAAUCUGUUUUUGAUAUCAGUACUAAAAGGAAAUCAAUCUAUGACACUUAUUUCCUGUUACUGAUUAGCAGAGACUUGUUUUCCUCUGUGUUUUCACCUCUGAGCAAGAAAUAAAGUGGUCAUCCCCUUGAUUUCCAGAGCAAAUAUGCCCGAGCUAAAACUGAGGAUAAGCU